AAUUAGUUAAGAGGCAUGAGUGGUCAUACCGCCAACUGGAAAACAUGCUCUGUGACGUCAUUUUCCGACAAUGAUGGCGGCGGCUGGAGCUUCAGCCUCAGAUAUCAGGCAGAGAAAACCUCUGUCUAGAGCUCCUUCGUCCGUCUAAACCGUUGUUGCCAGCGGCCUGCAGCACUUGAAAAAACACCUGAAGGGAUAAUGAGGAACACCGGCGUCGGCUGUGUGAAAAUAUCGCAAUAUUUCCCCUGAAUAUGUGUCUCGCGGAGCAGCGAAGAACAGCCGUUAAUCUGAGGGUGAUUUUCAGCUCGCGAUGAUUCACUGGUAAUGUUCCAGUAGCGUGACUCCUCAGACGAAAAAAAAAAAAAACACACCGAAAUAUUCGUAAAAAUGAAAUUUACCGAGCACCUGUCUGCCCACAUCACCCCGGAGUGGAGGAAACAAUACAUUAAAUAUGAGGCUUUUAAAGAAAGGUUGUACUCCGCCCAGGAUCAGGCCCCAUCACUCGAAGUCACAGAUGAAGACACUGUCAAGAGAUACUAUGCCAAGUUUGAGGAGAAGUUCUUCCAAACAUGUGAGAAGGAGCUGGCCAAAAUCAACACAUUCUAUUCAGAGAAGCUUGCGGAAGCACAGCGGCGAUUUGCCACUCUGCAGAAUGAGCUGCAGUCGUCUCUGGACGCACAGCGGGAGAGCAGCCGAGCCACAGGUCUGCGCCGCCGUCGUACUGUCUUCCACCUGUCGCAGCAGGAGCGCUGCAAACAUCGCAAUAUCAAAGACCUGCAGCUGGCCUUCAGCGAGUUCUACCUCAGCCUCAUCCUGCUGCAGAACUACCAGAAUCUAAACUUCACAGGCUUUCGGAAGAUUUUAAAGAAACAUGACAAGAUCUUUGAGACGACACGAGGCGCUGAUUGGCGUGUGGCCCAUGUUGAAGUGGCUCCUUUUUACACCUGUAAGAAGAUCACUCAGCUUAUCUCUGAAACCGAGGGCCUUGUUACCACAGAGUUGGAAGGAGGAGACCGACAGAAAGCCAUGAAGAGGCUCCGAGUGCCCCCAUUGGGAGCAGCACAGCCUGCACCUGCAUGGACCACUUUUAGAGUAGGACUCUACUGUGGUGUCUUCGUUGCUUUAACAGUCACAGUCAUCAUCACAGGUGUUGUUAAACUUGUUAAAGGAGAGGAGAAGAAUGUUUGGCCCCUGGUGAGAAUUUAUCGAGGUGGUUUCCUGCUCAUCGAGUUCCUUUUUUUAUUGGGAAUCAACACGUAUGGAUGGAGGAAGGCUGGAGUGAACCAUGUGUUAAUAUUCGAGCUCAACCCCCGCAACAACCUGUCCCACCAACAUCUUUUUGAGAUUGCUGGUUUCCUUGGAGUUCUUUGGUGCGUUAGUAUUCUGUCCUGCCUCUUCGCUAAGUACACAAUGAUACCUAUACAAGUGAACCCUCUAGCUCUCUAUGGAUUCUUCUUCUUUUUCCUUAUCAACCCUUUCAAAACAUGCUACUAUAAAUCUCGCUUCUGGCUACUCAAAUUACUGUUUCGUGUGGUCACAGCGCCAUUUCACAGAGUGGGGUUUGCAGAUUUCUGGCUGGCUGACCAGCUCAACUCUCUAGUGGUGGUUCUGAUGGACCUGGAGUACAUGAUCUGCUUCUACAGCAUGGAGUUGAACUGGUCCAAUUCUGAGGGGGAGCUGUGGAUUAAAGAGGGUGGAGGGAUAUGCCACUCAUAUUCAUAUGGAGUACGAGCUGUAAUCCAGUGUUUGCCUGCCUGGUUCCGGUUUGUGCAGUGCCUGAGACGUUACCGGGACACAAAGCGUGCCUUCCCUCACCUGGCUAAUGCUGGCAAAUACUCCACUACUUUCUUUGUGGUCAUCUUUUCUGCGCUCUAUAAGACGCAUGAAACUCUUCCAGAAGGUCAGGUCUUCUUUUACCUGUUAAUUGCCUUCAAGAUCAUUAAUUCCUGCUACACCUUAAUGUGGGACCUGAAGAUGGAUUGGGGACUUUUUGACCGUAACGCAGGGGAGAACACCCUCCUCAGAGAGGAGAUUGUAUAUCCACAGAAAGCUUACUACUAUUGUGCCAUAAUAGAAGACGUAAUCUUGCGCUUUGCAUGGACCAUUCCACUUUCUCUUGGGAUUGUGACUACUUUCCCAAACAUUUCUGAUAUUUUGGCAACUGUCCUUGCACCACUGGAGGUGUUCAGGUCAAAGGUCCGAGACACCAAAGUCCUGAUAGAGGACACCGAUGACGACACCUGA